GAUUGCUCAGGCUGGUCCAAGGAUUUGGAAAGAGAGAUUGUAUCGGGGGUAAGUUGGUAGACCAUACGAGACCGCCCAGGUCCUAAAUACGAUUUCAAUCCCCCUUGAUGCCUGUUUCGUUGACCGGUGUUCUCGGCACUACCAAAAAACUACCCCCCUCCCAAGCAGGGUAUCGAUAUAAACCACCUCAACUUUUCAAUUCAGCUCAGUUCUUCACCACGGCCCAUAUCCCAUCCCCCUUCAAGCACCAAGCCCACCCAACUCACCAUGCAUCUCCCCUCUAUCCUCUCCAUAGCUCUCGCUCUCUCUACCACUGCUCUAGCAAAAUCCUGCUCCCUAACCGGCAGCGACACCAUCGUCGCGCGCUCCUGUCCAUCUCGCGCAUGCGAUGAUAUGAAACAUAUGGCUCCGGGUGGAACCUGUAAUGUUGAUUGUUAUUGCGAGGGAGAAGUAGUGGGUGGAGAUCCGUAUUGGCUCCACAUGAGCAGUGGAUGUUCUUCUGGAAAUUGCUGGGUUAGGGCUGCGAGGACUGGUUGCUGUGGGACUUGUGUGCCAAUGUGUUCACACUGUCCUUGCGCGCACGCUGGCUGUUAA